AUGGCAGAGAGGAACUCCUGUUCCACCUGCAGAAACUAUUCCAAAAGGCAGGCAAUGGUGCAGGUAGAGAGUGGCUCCAAGGAGGCUGACAGACUCAUGGGAUCUUUAGGGAGGACAGUGCCAUCUACAUGGAAGGAAGCUAUAAUCAUUCCUAUCCUUAAACCUAGCAAGGAUGCUUCCAUACCCAGUAAUUGCAGACCAAUUUCUCUUACCAGCUGCAUCUGCAAACUGGAGAAAAUUAUAAACCUCAGGUUGAUCUGGCUGCUAGAAAUGGAAAACCGACGUCAUGUGUUAGCUAUCUUCUUUGACCUGGAAAAGGCUUACAAUGCUACUUGGAAACAUGGCAUAUUCAUAAAGGUGUAUAAUAUUGGUUUAACCCAACCCCCACGGAUUUAUGUUGUCCCCUACUGCAAUAAAUCAGUGGGCAACACAGCAUGUAUUCAUAUUUUCUCCACGCAAGACCAUGGCUACAUAUUACCACAAAAGAUGAAAAUUACGUCCUUCCCUAUAUUUUGGAGCAAUCCCACUGUAUUUGGUCCAAUUUGUCUAUUUUAUGACUCAAGACUUACAUGGGUGCCUCACAUCAAACAGUUAAAGGCGAAAGCUAAAAUAGCGCUUAUUCAUAAUAAAGCUCUCAGAAUCUGUAUAGGGGGCUUUCAGGUCUUCACGUGUGGAGCCCUUAUGUGUGUGACAGCCUACAAUUCUCUCUGUGCCAUUACCAUACCUUAUGCCAAAAUAUGUGGACAUGUAGCUCUGUCUGCCACUGAGCUGCACUAA